AUGGUUUCCUCUAGAUUACUUUUCUUCCUCUCUGCCAUCUUCUUACUCACUGCUCCAGCAGUAGCGCAGACGCCAGACUUCCUUUAUCAUGACUGUUUAAACGACAAGGGAAACUACACCGCCAACAGUACCUAUGAGAGAAACCUCAACCACCUCCUCUCCUCCCUCUCCUCCAACACAGAAAUUGACCAUGGCUUCUACAAUUCCUCUUAUGGCCAAAACUCGGACCAGGUAUUUGCAAUUGAACUUUGCAGAGGAGAUGUUGAUCCAGAUGUUUGCCGUGGUUGCCUCAAUAUAUCUACGUCUCUUCUCAAGCAGCACUGCCCCAUUCAGAAGGAGGCAAUUGGAUGGUUCGACUACUGUAUGUUACGAUACUCAAAUCGCUCCAUUUUCGGCGUCGUGGAAACUCUUCCAGGAUUCAGAAUGUGGAGCCCGUAUAACGUAUCGGCCAAUUACUUGAAUCAAUUUAACGAUGAUCUUAGGACCUUGUUGGAAAGCCUAAGAAGUGAAGCUGUAGCAGGUGGUCCUCUUCGUAAGUUUGCAGCAAGAAACGCAACCGCACCGAACUUUCAAACAUUAUAUGCACUUGUACAGUGUACAGCUGAUUUGUCUGAGCAAGAUUGCAACAAUUGCUUAGUUGGGGCUAUUCAAGAUAUUCCACAAUGUUGUGGUGGUAAGCAAGGUGGGAGAGUCAUUGGUCCCAGCUGUAAUAUCAGGUUUGAGACCUACGAGUUCUAUAACUCGACAGCGGCUUCGUCACCACCAUCAUCUCCAGGAGAACCACCAGAAUCUCCUUCUCCACCAUUAACCAACACCAAUACAACAAAAGGUAGCGAGAGCAACACAUCUAGGACUAUCAUCAUUAUAAUUGUGUCAAUUGCUGCUUUUGUGGUACUAGUCAUCUCCUUCUGCGUAUAUUUCAGAGUAAAGAGGAGGCCAAGAAGAGAGAAACUUGAAACUGCUGAAGAUGAUGAGAUUAGAAGCGUGGAAUCCUUGCAAUUUGACUUCAGCACUAUCAGAGUUGCUACAGAUAACUUUUCUGAAGCAAAUAAGCUCGGGCAAGGUGGAUUUGGUGAUGUUUAUAAGGGUAGACUUUCUGAUGGACAAGUUAUAGCCAUAAAAAGAUUAUCGAAGAAUUCCGGACAAGGAGAUUUAGAAUUUAAAAAUGAAGUCCUAUUAGUUGCCAAGCUUCAACAUCGUAAUCUAGUUAGGCUGCUAGGCUUUUGCUUGGAAAGAGAUGAAAGGCUUUUGAUAUAUGAGUUUAUGCCAAAUACAAGCCUCGAUCACUUCCUUUUUGAUCCAAUCAAGCGUGCACAUUUGGAUUGGCAAAGGCGCUACAAGAUCAUAGGAGGCAUCGCUAGGGGAAUUCUUUAUCUUCAUGAAGAUUCUCGACUUCGUAUUAUUCAUCGUGAUCUUAAGGCUAGCAACAUUCUUUUAGAUGCAGAAAUGAACUCAAAAAUUUCAGAUUUUGGCAUGGCAAGAUUGUUUUUAUUGGAUCAAACUCAAGGAAAUACAAGUAGAAUUGUUGGAACCUACGGAUAUAUGGCUCCAGAGUAUGCAAUGCAUGGACAAUUCUCAGUAAAGUCUGAUGUCUUUAGUUUCGGUGUAUUAGUGUUGGAAAUAGUGAGCGGACAGAAGAACAAUUGCUUCAGAAAUGGAGAGAAUGUGGAGGAUCUUCUAAGCUAUGCAUGGAAAAAUUGGAGAGAGGGAACUGCUUCAAAUAUUGUGGAUCCUACAAUAAUGUUAGGCGCAACAACUGAAAUUAUGAGAUGCAUUCACAUUGGGCUACUAUGUGUUCAAGAAAAUGUAGCUGACAGACCAACCAUGGCUUCAGUGAUUCUUAUGCUUAAUAGCUACUCCAUCACUCUCCAAGUACCCUCGCAGCCUGCAUUUUUUAUGCACAGCAAUAUUGACUUAGAAACAACAUCUCGAUGGAUGCAAAGCACGUGGGUUACAAAGUCAGACGAAAGAUCUAAAGGCAAUUCCGUCGAAGCCUCAAGAAAUGAGGCUUCAAUUACUGAGCUCUACCCGCGCUAGGGUUUUGUUGAAGCUACAAUUAAGAAUGCAUACUUUGAAAUGUUAAAUUAUUUAAUUACCAUAGCUAUAAAUUCAACCGACAACUUGUUGAUUGAAUCCAUUGUCCUAAGGCAAUAACUUAGUCCAGGUCACGACCCAGUACGAUUCAACUAUGCUUGCAUGCAAGUUUUUUAAUUUUAUUCAAUUUUAUUUUUUUUAGGAAAGUUGAGCGGAAUAAA